AUGUCCGUCUUUAGAUUAAUUGAACUACGGACUCUCGUGAUACUUGUAAUAUGUAGUUGUUGUUGUUGUGGUGGGAGUUUUGAUAAUGAAUCGAACAUUACAUCUGUUAACAACGACAGCACCAAUAACAAUAACAUCAUCGUCAACAACAACAACUACUACUAUAAUAAUAGUAAUAACUAUAUCAACAACAACAACUAUAAUAACAUCAUCGAUCCUAACAUCAAAAUUGAAAAAAAUGACAUCAACAUUAGCAACAACAACAACAACUUAAACAAAAACAUCAAAAUAACCAACGACAUUAACGACCUCAAUGCCAUUGAAAACAUUGACAACAACAACAAAAUCGAAUACAGCCACGUAAAAGGUUCCAAAUCAAGCGUUUAUGCAUCUUAUCCAAAAAUAAUUACUUCAAAUUUUGAAAGUACCAACAAUAUUAAAAACUUCAGCAACAGCAGCAGCAACAACCACCACAACAACAACAAAAAUGAACCCAAAGUAUUUAACGACAUUUUAAACAACAUCAACUCUGUCAGCAACAAAAUUGAAAGCAAAAACGCGGGAAAGAAAAAAAAUUUAGAUUACCUGGACGGCUUAUUCGGCAGACGAGAUAGAGCCGACAUUAACCGCAAAACCGCCAUCAGCAAUGACAUCAACAACAACAGCAUUAACAACCGCGACAUUAACAACGACAACGUCAACAACAUUGUUAUUGAUCUUUUUAACAACAACAAUAACAUUAACAAUGACAACAACAACAACAACAUAAAGAACAAAAUUUUUGUCUCCCACAUUAUUAGUAGCAACUACAACAAUACCAAUAACACUAGCAACAUUAACAACAACAACAAUAAUUCAAGCAACGACAUCAACAAUAACAGCAGCAACAACAAAAACAUUAUGACUGGAGCGGCUACUAAACCAGCAAGAAACAUCAACUAUAACAAUAUCGUGAAUAACAUCAACGACGUCAUUAACAAUACAAACGUUGAAAAGAAAAACCACGACGACGACAACAACAGCAACAACAAAAACAACAACAACAACAGCAGCAGCAACAACAACAACAACAACAACAAUAAUAAUAAUAAUGAUAAAACAUCUCCAUAUAAAAACUUUGUGAAUGCUACAACUAAUCACAACAACAUCAGCAGCAACAUCAACAGCAACAAUAACAAAAACAAUACCCAUAUAAUUGUGAAAAACCACAGCAACAACAGCAACAAAAACGUCAACAACAACACAUGCAUAAUCAACAGCAUCAACAACCACAACAACAACAGCAACAACAACAUCGAUCGCAACAACAACAGCAACAACAACAUCGAUCGCAACAACCACAACAACAGCAACAGCAACAACCGCAAUAGUCACAGCAACAGCCACAGCAACAAAAAUAUUGACAACAUCAGCAAAUGCUACAUUUGCUACAGUUAUAGCAAGCCGGUGUAUGGAAAGACUAAUUGCCAUUGUUAUACCAAUUUACUAGAUGAGGAUAUAACUGAACUUAUUAGCAACAACAAUAACAACAACAACAACAACGCAAAUAACAAUAAUAACAAUAAUAAAACUAACGAAAAUAACUUUAAAAAUAAUAAUACCAAUGACAACAAAAACAUUAAUGAAUUUAUCUUGUUAAUUAUUAAGAACAGCAAAAUUAUAAAUGAAAAUGUACCAGAAAAUAGCGUUGCGCUAAUUAACUGUACAACUGUUGAGAGCGUACAUCACAAAAUUAGCAACAACACUAUAAACAAAUUAAACAACAGGAUGAUAAACAACAACGAUGUAGACAACAACAACGACAAUAUAAACAACAAAACAAGUUACAACAACAGCAACAACAUUUUGUUGAGAACGACCUACAAAAACAGCAGCAACAACAAAAUCAGUCUCAAACCAAAAGGGGCUUACCCUUUUAUCAGAAUCACCAACAAGUCAACAAUCAAUUUUCCUGCCAACACUUCCCUCCACGUCAAUAAAAUCAAUCCAAACAUCAAUCACAGCACCGCCAUUGUAGCCAAUCACAGCGGUAUCAUCAAUAAUGACGUCACCUUCAAUGAGAUCAAGAUCAACAACAUCAAAAGCUUCAAUAGCAUCAAUGUCCGCCGACUCUAUGCUUUAAGUGACGCCAACAGAAACUACAUCAACUACAACAACCACAACUACAUCAACCACAACAGCCACAACGACGACAACCACAACUACUUCAACUACAACAGCCACCACUACAACAGCCACAACUACAACGGCCACAACUACAACUACAUCAACUACAACGGCCACAACUACAUCAACCGCAACAGCUACAACGACGACAACCACAACUACUUCAACUACAACAGCCACAACUACAACUGCUUCAACUACAGCAGCCACAACUACAACAACUACAACAACCACAACAACUACCGCAACACCUAA